UUACGACGGGAGGCUGGGAUCGAGCCCGCGUUCGUCUCCGAAAAAUGACGCUUCGUGAACUUGGACGCCACCGUGGGUCAUUGGUCGGUUAAAUCUGGCGACGCGAUUUGAGCGGGUCGAGACUUCGUGUAUAACUGGUUGCCUGUUGACGUCAGACGGGUCAGUUAACUGUUGACCGGCCGACGAAUGGAUUAAACGUCUUUAGGAUACUGUCGGAGGAUGAUUUUUGGACUGUGAUGUUCAGAAUCGGCAUGCUUCUGAGCUGUAUUUUCAUGACCAACACCUUGGAAGACGCCAAUCUAAUUUCGAACACGAUCGAGGGCAGCAGCAACCAGCAGGACUUUGUCGACUUUGACAAAUACGCAGUCACCUGUUACAUCUGCGUCAACGUUUCUGACAACCCAAUUUGUAACCAGUUUGCCAUCGACCGACCUUGCAAACCAGGGGAAACAUUCUGCCACACUCUGCACAUAAUGGACUCCAAAGGAACGAGCGUGCUCGUCAACAAGAAAUGCACCACCGAGAGGGAAUGUCAGCGGAACAAGGUGGGAUGCGUGGAAAUCGACGCGCAGAGGAUGUGCAUAUCCUGCUGCGACCAGAACUACUGCAACUUCAACGCUCCUACGAACAGCUCGACGGCUGUAUUCGACGACAGGAUCACGAAAAUGCGCAUGCUCGCGAAAAACCUCUUCCGCGAACAAGAAAAAGCACUCACCACAUCAGUAAAGGAAGCCAGCGAUGGCGGAAGACUAGGGAAUCGAACGACAGGGAUAUUUUCGGUCGUCUGGAUCGCGGUGGUUGUGAUAAUAUCCGGACAUAGAAUUUAGUUAUGUAAGAACAAGGAACUUUAAGCACUAUCCCCAAUUAUUUGCGUUAAAAAAGAAUUGUGGUGAAACUCAAUUAUUUUCUCUGGAGCAACAGGGAUUCGAAACGGUCUGAAUCGGCGAAAUUUACCGCAAAUACUAAAUAUGAUAAUUAUACCAUUUUUUAUUCAAUGCUGUAUCCAUGCAAUUCGUAGUAAAUUUGUAUAUAAAAAUAACAUGUUAAUUAAAUAUUAUAAGUAUAGGGAAUAAACUCUGACUGUUAGCCGUAAGACGUAUACGCCGUUAAUUCUUACGGCGGGAUUACAGAACGAACUUGAAUCAAAAUGAUUAUUCAAAAAAAUCGAUUCUAAACCUUUGGGUUGUCUAUUUUUGAUAUUUCUUUCCAUUAAGUAUAACUGUAAAAUCUUCCACCUUCGUAGAUAUCGUUACACCUAUAGGCGCCAUCUUCAAAUCCACCAUUUAUCCCUAAUAUUUGUUGUUUAUGUUAUUUAAAAGUCUAACUAAACUUUACCUUUUGGGUUUUCUCGGAACAUUUAUUAGUGUAGCGCAACACGUGCCAAAUGAAAAUAUAAAGCUUGAACUGUAAAUUUUUUGAAUUGGGCUUGCGUGUUUCAAAGCCAAUAUCUAUUUUCGAAGAGCACGGGAAGAACCAUUUACCAUAUCUGUGCUUCAAUGGACACAGAAGCAGCGCGCAGAGAGAGAUGCAACCAACAAUGUUCUGCUUCGGUUUCUUUGUUGUAUUGUUUAAUUACGAAACUUAUGUAUUAUUUUUUAUUAGGAAAGGAAAUCGGUUGUGUAAUAUUAUUUAAUUAGUUACGGUCGCCGAAGAAUAAAUACUUGUACAUAUUGUUUACAUGUACCCCCAUUAUUUGUUAUUUAAACGAUAAAAAUAUAUAAGCCAUCGUUCGUUAGUUUCUGCGUUUCCGAGACUUCUUUCUAUUUUACACGUGUAGUUAAAUUACCGAUUA